GAAUUAGCUGAAGGGAGGAGGGGCACGAGGGCAUAAAACGAGGGGGAGCAGGGCGCGUGAGCUCAGUUGAGGUCUACACGCGAUCGAGAUGAAGGUUGUAAUGGUCAUCCUCCUGGCCUGCGCCGCUGUGCUGGUCCACGGCCGUCCUGCCCUCGAGGAGGAACAGCAGCCGCAGAGGAAUGUGACUACCUACGGACAGAUCUUCGGUCACGCCUACAUCGGGGCCCUGAAUAUUCUCAGACAAUGGCUCUCAACCACGACGGAGGUGCCGACCACCAUCACGACGGAGGUGCCGACCACCACCACGACGGAGGUGCCGACCACCACCACGACGGAGGUGCCCGAUAGGUCGUUCUUUUGGACCAUGACGGACGCUGCCUCCAUCACCACCACUUUAAAUACACCUGUCAUAACUGAUACGACCACCACUACUACAGAAACACCCUCCACUACUGCUUCCACCACCACUACCACAGAGACGCCUUCCACUACUACCUCUACUGCAGAUACAACUACCACUUCUACUGCGACUACUACUACUGAGGCACCUUCUACUACUGCAACUACUACUACUACCACUGCUACUGAACUACCUACAACCUUCACUACUACUACAACCACUGCUACUGAACUACCUACAACCUUCACUACUACUACAACUACCACUACAGAACCACCUACCACCACCACCCCAAGUACUACUACUACUACUACUACUACCACCACCACCACUACUACAGAUCCACCUACAACCACUACCACCACAAGUGAAGAGCCAUCUACCACCACCACAAUGGACACUGCUCCCUUCAUCCUACCAACUACCUCCUCUGACUUCCGCCUCAAACUAUUGCAGAAACUAAAGGAGGAAGACGAGAAGGCUGAGCUUGCCCACCUCAAGACUCUCCAGCUUGAAUAUGAUGUGAUGGAGGGACACAUCUCAACCCCCAAAGCUUCUCAGUCCAUCCUUGAAGCCCUAGGGAAUGUGUUCAAAACCGUCUGGCCAUAUCUGCCCCUCUCCAUACUGGUUCUCGUCAUCAUUGCCAGUAUUGUGGUGCAUGUUCGUCAGAAGAAAAGGCGGCAGGCUGACUUUCUACACGAGGACCUGGACAGUGUGGGUGUGAGGAAUGUAGAAGUGGUGAUCUGAUGCGCCGAACAGUCUAUGGUGUGUGGUGAUGACCUGUGCAAUGUAUAAUGUGGAAAUGUGUUCAUACUGCUGACUCCUAUGUAUGUAAAUCUCUUUCUGUCUCUGCAAUACUAUUUAGUUGAGAUGGUGAAAUGCAAACAGAGAAUGACAAGGUUAUGAGUUUUUAAUGUUGGGUUUUCAGUAUGUUUGUUGUUGGGUCACAAUAUGAUCUCAUUUAUGUAUCAAAUAAUAAAUAUGUAAAUAGAAA